CCACCACCUACCUAGCAGGCAAUCAUGUCCUCUCCUGCACGAGAUGAACAGGAAGGCUUGCCCAUGGACUCGGAGCUGCAUGGAGAGCGUCACGAGGACGAGGAAGGCGAAGAGGAAGAGGAGGGCGAGGACGUGAUGGAUGACUCUUCUGAGGAGGAAGAUGAAGAUGAAGAAGAGGCGAGGAAGGUCGCUGAGGGAUUCAUUGUUGGGGAUGAAGAGGAGGAGGAAGAGGAAGAGGAAGGUGAGGAGGGCAGAGGUGAGGACGCUGAGAAGAGUAAAAAGCAUCGGCGGAGGCAUAAGCACAGGCAUCGGAGAAGGCAUCGAGAUGAGGAACCAGAUGAGGAUUUGGACGGAGAACUGGACGAAGAUGAUCUUAUGCUUGUCGAGGAGAACACGGGCCAGCGGCUCUCGCCCGAACGAUUCUCACGCGCUAGGCGGCAUCGGUCGCCUUCACCGUCCGCUGAGACAAGAGAGCCUAAGCGUCGAAGGAUGAAUGACGAUGAUGGAGAUUCCCUUCCUUCCGUCGAUGAGCUAGCAAACAUCUUCGAGAAAGAGAGGGAUGAAGAGGCUGACGAAGACGAUUUGGACGACUUCAUCGAGGAGGAUGAGGAAGAAGAGAUGGAGGAGGACCGGGGCCUAAACGAGGAGGAGCGCGAAAAAAGAAGGAAGGAAAGGAGGAAGGAGAAGAGGGAGAGGCGGUUGCUUACAGGAGCGAGACCGGAGUUGGUUGGGAUCGACGAAACUGCAUGGGAUGACCUCAACCUCGUUUUUGGUGAUGGGCAUGACUAUGAUGAAUUCCUUGAGGCGGAUGAAGAAGCGGAAGCCACGGAGAAAGCGCGUCCUAAGGUUGAGGAGGUCUUCGAGCCUUCUGAAAUCAAAGCACGCAUGAUGACGCACGAAGAUGAUCUGAUCCGGCAGGAUGACACGCCUGAGCGUAUGUUGCUCUCAGCAUCCUCUCUUUGGUCCGGUGCUACCUUUGUCCCCUUUCCCCUGUUCAACCCUGCCGAGCUCUCUGCUGCCUCUCAUUGGGUUUCCCUUCGCCUGGGCGAGCGCGUACGCGAUGCCUUCUUCCGACCCGAUGGGCGACACCAUGCACUUCUGCAGCACCUAAUCAUGGCCGUGCGGACGACGCUCGAGUACAUCCUCCGCCAGCGAUGGGAAGUGCCCUAUAUCUGGCACCACAAGCGCGACUACAUCUCACAUUUCGACUCCGCGGGCACGCGCCAGCGCACCGACCUGCUGACGCUCGACGAGCUUUGGCGCAUCCAGGCGCUCGGGUACAAGUACCGCGCUCUAGUAGAGCGUCGCGUUCAGCUGCAAAGAACGUUCGACAGCGUCCAACUGCAGGACGCUUAUUUCUCCGGACACAUCUGGGACGGCUUGGACGACGUGGAGAUGGUCUCGGACGCGAUGGAGUGGGUGGGGCUGAAGUAUGCCAAAAAGAUUCGGGAGGUGCAGGAGCUUGCAGAGCUCAGCGUAGAUGGCGCUACCCAGGAGGUGGACGGAGGCAGUCCCCAGAAGCCGGGAAAGAUGAAGCGCCCCACAAGACAAAGCGCGUAUGAGGUCGCGAGAGCGUCGACAGUUUCUGGGCUGGCUGAUAGCUUCGGUAUGCCCCCGGCCGAUGCUAUCCUGCGUUUCCUAGCCAAGGGUAUCCAACCCCCACCCCACGAGCCCGAGAUCUCCCCCACCGCUCUAGCCGAGCAGUUUGCCCCUUCAAGCUUCACCGGCCAGCCAGAAGAAUUGCUCGAGAAGGCCCGGUUCAUUCUGGCAACUGAGUUUGGUCGUGACCCUCUUUUGAGGCAAGCGGUCAGGCAGAAAUACGAGAAGGACGCUGUUGUCAGCACCAGGCCGACGGAGCAGGGGAUCGUCAAGAUAGACGAAUACCAUCCUUAUUUCCGAAUCAAAUAUAUGAACAAAAAGCCUAUUCAUAGGCUCACGACGAACACGCUUUUCCUGCAAGUGCUUGCAGCGGAGCAAGCUGGCCUUCUCACCAUCGACAUCUCCUUGCCUCCUCCGGUACUUAAUGAGUUCCAGAACGAUCUGUACAAGGCUUAUGCCUCAGACCGGUUCUCCGAAGUUGCGCUCGCGUGGAACGAGCUAAGGAGGAUGGUCAUCGACGAGGCCAUGAAGAAGUAUUUGAUGCCGUGUGGGGUUAAGUGGAUGAGGGAGUGGCUGAGGGAGGAGGAGGAGGAUAACCUUUCUGAGGCAGUUACGGAGAUGCUGGAACGGAGAUUGGAUGCUGCACCGUAUAAGACCAAGUAUAUGGAGGAUGGCGAUACGCCCUCGGUUAUCGCAGUCUCCAUUGGCAAGGGCGAAGCGCAGGACGCCGUUGUCGCUGUGUACUUGGACGACGAUGGCCGGAUGCGCGAGUCUACCAAGUUUGACAACCUGCGCGAUGAGAGCUGCCAAGAGGAGUUCAGACAGUUCGUCAAGCGCCGUAAGCCCGAUGCGAUUGGUGUCGCUGGAUUUAGCACGCACACCCGCAGGCGCAUGGAGGAGGUGCAGAAGCUGGUAGGUGAUCCGGCGCUGCUCAAGACCGAGGACGGACCUGACGGACCCGGCGCCGGCGGAAGCAACUUCGCCCAAGGUGGUGCUGAAAGCAGCGGUGUCAGCCAAAAUAACGCUGCCGGCAGUCGUGGCGGUUACGGUUCAGGCGCCAACUCGGGGUGGAGUGGGAACGACCACGGCUGGGAGGGCAGAGCCAGCACGAACGGAACGAACGGUGCUGGCGGAAAAGAUGACGAAGAGCGGUAUCCCGAUAUCAUCUAUGUCCCCGAUGAGGUUGCGCGGAUAUAUCAGAACUCGGCGCGAGCCGCUCAGGAGUUUGGUGGUCUCUCGGUCAUCGCAAGAUACUGCGUCGCCUUAGCGCGGUAUGUCCAAAAUCCCUUGAACGAGUUCGCAGCACUUGGCGAGGAUAUCGCCAUUGUCAAGUUGGAUGAUGACCAAAAGCUUCUGCCUAAACCUAAACUCUUCAGUGCGAUGGAGCGCGCUUUGGUCACCGUGGUUAACAAAGUCGGUGUGGAUAUCAUGCGAUGUGUCCAUGACGCGUACUACCAGCAUCUCCUGCGCUUCGUUUGUGGUAUGGGUCCUCGCAAGGCUCAAGGCAUUGUUGCCAAACUCGUAAAAAAGGGAGGAUCCGUCGAGAAUCGGGCCCGGUUCAUCAAAGACGAUAUGCUCGGUUGGCACGUAUUCGUCAAUGCCGCUGCGUUCUUGUUUAUCCCUCAGGAAUCGGGUAGGAUAAGCCGCAAAGCGAAGGAAAUCGACGAUCAGCCUGAUCCUCUUGAUGAGACUCGAAUUCAUCCCGAAGACUACGAACUUGCACGGAAGAUGGCUACGGACGCUUUGGACUUGGAUGAAGAAGAUUUUGUCAAUGACCAUCCGUCUGCUGUGGUUGCUCAGCUCAUGCAGGAUGAUGAUGCUGCCAAGAAGCUGGAUGAUCUCAGCUUGGAUGACUUCGCAAUCAACCUGCUUGAGCGUCUGCAAGACCGGAAACGGUACACACUCGACAUGUUGAAGGAAGAAUUACUUCAUCCUUACGGAGAGAAGCGCGCCCCUUUCGCGGUUCCGGAUGACUGGCAGAUCAUGACCAUGCUUACUGGCGAGACAAGACGAACGUUGUAUAUUGGGCGCCCGGUGCAAGCUAUUGUCUACCGUCUCAAGCAGCAUCUCGCAUUCGCCCGCCUCGACUCAGGCAUUGAAGCACUCAUCAAUCAGAGCUAUCUGUCCGAUGAUACGAGUAAACGAAUCGAUGACCUCCUAUCUAAAGGCCAAGCCAUUAACGGCAUGGUUAUCGGCAUCACCCCUUCACAACUUCAUGUCGAGCUCGCGACAAAGCAGUCUGCCCUUGAAGAAGCCCAUCCGUUGUACCCCAAGAACUUGAUCGAGGACUUUGAUCUUGCCCAGCAUCAGCACGAUCAGGAGGCGUUGCAGCGUAAAAAGCGCCGUGAGAUCAAUGCCACGCGCAGGAUCAUCAAGCAUCCGCUCUUUAGCAAGUUCAACGCCGGUCAGGCUGAGCAGGCCCUCGCCAACCGACCCAAUGGGGAUGUGAUUAUUCGACCAUCAAGUAAGGGUCCUGAUCACCUGGUCGUAACGUGGAAGGUAGAAAACGGGCUCUUCCAGCACAUUGAUGUCUGGGAUCCCGAUGGCAGCAAUGAUCAGAGCGGGGUCGGCCAUCGUCUUGUGGUCGGGGAAUACGUCUAUACUGAUCUAGAUGAGCUACUCGUCAGCCACGUGGGCGCCAUGGCGAAGCGCGUCAGCGAUCUCAUGGAGCAUGAAAAGUUCUUUAAAGGCAGCAGUCCUGACCGAGUUGAUGCAGAGCGACGCCAGUAUCUCACUGAUUUCGUCAUGGCCAAUCCCAACAAAAGCAUAUACACUUUUGGCCUGGAUCGUCAACAUCCGGGAUACUUCGUCGUAGACUUCAUGGUCAACAAGAACAUCCCGAUGCAGACAUGGCCUAUCAAGGUGACACCCCGUGGGUACCGACUGCUGGAUGGUGGUGAAGUGCCUUCGGUACCUGAACUUUGUAACGCCUUCAAGAUGCGGUAUGUGCAGCAAUCUAGCCAAGUUGGCACUGGUAGGCCCUCUGGGGGCAGGACUCCGUACGGAGCCGGCACUACGCCCUACGGCGCUGGUGGGCUCACCCCUUCGGCUCGAACACCUGGCUAUCGUACCUCCUCACAUCUUCCAGUUGGGCGAACGCCGAAUCCUUAUGGUGGUACCUCUCAUACACCAAACCCGUACGGUCAGACCCCACGAGCUGUGCCGCCCGCUGGGGGCUAUGCAUAUGACCCUCGGGCGGGAGGUCAUACACCUGCUGGCGGGGGAUGGACUCAGGCUCAAGAACCGGCGACCGAUGGGUGGGGUGCUGGUGCCGGCGGCUGGUAGAUGAUCUUGUGGUGUCUUGAUAUGUCAUUAGGAGACGCGGUCAUUUAAUGAUCAUCGAUUGUAUUAUUGAAUCAUGAUAAACUAAUGUGAACAUUGGAUCAUCCCCAACACUCACGCUCCCACACCCCGUUUGCCCCUCCUCUCCUUCCUUUUCUUCCCAAUCAGACCACCCAAGCUCUUUCCAAAGGAGGUAUUGCGUGGGGCCUUCUGGGGGGAAAACUGUUCUUCCUGCUGGCUGGAUUUAGACGGGCGUUUCCCCUCAAUAUGCUUGGACGAUGGUUUUGAUGGAGCAUUGCCGGUUUUCGGGCGUUUUCGUGGACGCUCAUCUGCGUCACCCCCUUCGGAUUCGGUCAUCCUAUUCCGAGCUUUCUCCCGACUGUUCUCCACCAUCUCUUUCCUCCGCUUAACAACCUGGACGUUUUCGAUCGAGAACUCCAUGAUGAGGCCUCUUUCCUCCUUGUUUUUGGUUAAGGUCUUGGCUUUCGCAGCGCCUUCCUCGAGCACUUUGACCCUCUCCUUGAUCUUCUUGAUCCGAUCAUUGAGUUCCUCUUUUUUCUCCCCUUCCUUCUCCGCCUUCAUCUGUUCCCCCAGUUUCUUCAGGUUCUCCUCCAGCUCCUCCUUCCACCAGCUGGACAUGGUUGGUCCCACCUCCGGAUUAUUGUUCGCCCAACGAAGGACACGGAGGGCAUCCGCAUGAGUGCGCAGCUCGAGGAACCCGUAGCCCUUACUCCUGCCUUUACCGGACAAGGGAUCACUUCGCUCAGCCUGGCGGACAAUCUUGGCCUGGACGACAGCAGUCUGUCGCUCACCGCGUUUCUUCUUGCUUCCAGAAGAAGAUGUGGUGUCGUCUUCGAGCUCGUCUCUAGUUAAACCAGUCCGAUCGCCUGCCUUCGCUUCUUC